GACGUAACGCUGUGCAAAAGUGGAUCGAGAAUAAUUAUAAUAUCUCUAAUGUUGUACAUAAAUAUGUAAACUUGAAUGUUUAUUGAAUAGAUGUAUUUCUAGCUCUGUGGAGGAAAUCUUGUAUUUGGUGUGUUUGUUUAGAGACCAAACGCAAGGGAAUAUGAGAGCAAAGGACCUUGUUGUGCAGCAAUAUAGCUUUAAAAUUUCUGAUCUUAAACCAUGCUACCUACCACAGACGCAAAAGUUUAACAUAACUUUCAACACUCAAUAUCGACUUAGGCAAUGAUUCUGAAUCCCUUUCUCAGGUACGUUACAUGUACGUGGCAAUCGUGGAGUGAGUCCUUUAGACCACGCUGAAAAGCAAGUCAACCUUUACAGUGGUGUGCUCUGAAGUGGUAUUGUUAAUCUAUGUGUCUCACCAGUGAACAAUAGAGGAACAUACUCGUAAUGGAAUAGUUAGUAUGUGUCAUCAUUAUCCAGUUCCUGAAUAGACUGGAAGAGAUGUUUGGGGGUAGUACCAUGUUACCAUAUUCAAACAAGAUGACGUAAGCAUUCUUUGAACAAAAUCGAUCAAACAGCCUCUGGAAUUGAUAUCUUUGGCAGUAAUAACAAGCAAAUAAACAGCAUGACAUUUACGACAUGAUAUUUUGUGAUCGCCUUAUUGCCGUGUUCACUUUUUAUUGUGAGAGCGUAGGAGUUUCUUGUUUGGGUAAGGCUCGUUUGCUAUGUGGUAAAGUAGAAAAGUUUUAAGGACAUGUUUUAAUGCUGCUUAGACUGUUAAUAACAAUGCUCCUAAUUUCUGUUACAAGGGAUUCAAAUACCAGGUGCGCAAUAUUGGUUUGCUCUACCAUUACAGACCCCAAAAUAGUGAUGAUAGUGCAGUGGAAAUUCUCCAGCUAUAAUUCCCAUGGUUUACAUUAGAAUUACAAUCAGGUGAUUAGACAUGUAUCUCUCAAAGUUUCACCCCUGCAAAAGUUUGCAAUGGUUGGCUCCACGGCAAAUGGUGAUUGAUUGUCUUGUAACGUUGAGGUCAGGCGAGGGCAUUCAAAGUCCAAAGUCCAUUUCAGUUGAAAUUUCAUCAUGACAUACAUCGAUACCCAAAGCCUUAAUACCUAGUGCAGACUUUCUUUUCGCUGUUCCACGCACAGUCUCCCUCGGAGUCUUCCUUUCUCAUUCAUGAUCAACAAGUAUUGACGUCUUAAAACAUACGUCUAAUUGACAAUGUCCCGGCUGCUAGAUCACCGAAAGUCAUACCUGCAUAGCGGCUAUCUUUUCGAAUGGGUAUCUCUAACUUGUGUAGAGGGAAGCCGGGACGGCCCGUUGAUCCACCAGACGGGGGAUGGGGGUGGCUGGUCGCCCUGGCUGGUUUUGUUGUCAGCGCAUGCUCCUAUGGAGUGAUGCGGUCCCUCGGAGUGUUCUUUGUCACUUGGCAGGACUAUUUUUCUGUGACAGCCGCUGAAACUGGUCUUAUACAAUCCAUAAUCACCGGAGUCUUGAAUCUAGCAGCACCGAUCGCUGGAGCUCUGAGCAACAGGUUUGGGUGCAGAGUUGUGGUCAUGGCCGGCGGAGUGAUAUCUUCGGUAGGAUUCGUGCUCAGUCUGUGGGCCACGUCACUUUUCCAUCUCUACGUUACCGUUGGGUUUCUGACAGGGUUUGGCUACUCCCUGUCCUUGAUCACUACCAUGGCAACAAUAGGACGAUAUUUCACCACCCACAGACUUCGCGCCAACAGUUUCGCGGCCAUAGGUGCCAGCUUUGUGUCUUUCGCGUUCCCUCCGUUAUUCCAGUACCUUAUGGACGAGUACACUUGGAGGGGCGCUUUAGUUCUUAUCGGGGGGAUCGUCCUUCACAUAGCCGGGUUUGGGGCCUUGGUAAGGCCCAUUUUGCUGAAAGGUGACGUCACCACUAAUAAAACUCCAGGAGAGGUCCAAGAAUCUUCAGCACAAAGUAGUAGAUUGUCAGACAACAAUACAUCUCUGACCUUGACGACAGAGAAGCAUUCUUUAACCAAAGUUGUCUUAGACAAAAUAGGUUCUGUCAUAGAUAUCAGGCUGCUGACAGAGCCACGUUUUUUACUGUUUUGUGUAGCCGUUUUUCUGUUCGGAUUCGGUCGGUUCGUCCCAAACAUCUACAUCGUUCCACGGGCUCGGGCUUUCGGUGUGGAAGAAUAUCCGUCAGCCUUUCUGUUGUCGAUUCUCGCUAUAGGAGACAUCGUUGGCCGUGCUUCGGUGGGUCUCCUGCCGGAGUGGCCGAGGUUUAGACGUGCGGACCAGUACGCUUUGAACACAUUUCUUAUGGGCUUCAUCACCUUGUUCGCGCCUCUUGCAAAAACCUACGUCACCAUGGCAGUGUACAGCGCGUGCUAUGGUUUGCUCAUGGGCGGGUGCGUGCCGCUCUUGUACUCUGCUAUUGCAGAAAUCGGGGGAGCUAACAGGAUGUCGAGUGCGCUUGGGAUCAUCAUGUUCUUACGAGGGAUAGGAAACCUCGCAGGACCACCGUUUUCGGGGUGGCUACGAGACAUCACAGGCAGUUUCGACGCGACACUGUUGGAAGGCGGUGGCUGUUUGGUACUAGCCGGACUACUGCCGUUUGUACUUCACCUGCGUGUUUUUCAACCGGCGUCAACGGAUGACAAAGUUGGGGAACAUGAAUCAGACGGUACCAGGCUUUCUCUGUUGGUUGCAGAGCGCGAAGAAUCAAACACAGCCUCAACUCAUAAUCAUGAAACAUCAGUGGUCAUAAGAGAAACUGCCGUAUGAACGGUAUGCAAUGAUCAUGAAAUAAGAAUCGAUUUGAUUAUAAUAUCUCCAAUGCUGUAUACGAGUAAAAAAAAUGUUUAUU